GAGAGAGAGAGAGAGAGAGAGAGAGACACACACAGACAGGGAUCCCGCGAAGCUGAAAGGAUUGAAUUGAAGCAAGCGCCUGGCGAGAGCAAAUAUAAAGAUCUGGAUCAGUACAUUCAAAACAAACAAACAAAAAAAAAGCAAACAAGCACAGGACUAACACAUCUGAAUCGUUGCUGUUUUCAUUCCAGGUGUGUUACAAUUUUUCUCUCCACCCCAGAGUAGAGCAAAUCUGUAAACCCUGAUGGCAAUUUAAAAAAAUUAUAUAUAUAGUAUUUUUUGGUGAAACUGCUGUUGAAAAGGAGCGCACAUACUAAUCUCAAAUCGCCCGGAAAGACGGAGGAGAUACUAUCGUUGUUUUGCUCACGGCACAGCAGCUGCAGAGAAAGUUAACAUACUCACUGUAUACAAUGUGUACAUUAUGACCCUCUACAGUUGGAUAUAGGUACAUCGUCACGGCUGGUUAUUAUUUGGAAAAGGGUGGCAAAAUCUUGCAAUGCAUUUUGAACUAACGCGUUGUUUCAAAAACGAGUAGUGGUGGUACAAGGAGAAACUUGUAGUAGCAUCCUUUUUCAUCUGCGUGUCAAUAGGCUGCAUUACACAGAAAGGAAAUGGUGGAAUAAUGUCUAUGAUGAUUUCUUAAAACACACACACACACACGCACAUAGUGGAAAUGUUUUCGGUUUAAGCGUGGGGUUGUGUGUCUUGGAUCUAGUGAUUAACAGUGCAAGAGCGAAGACGUACUACUUCACCACAAGAAGCAACCCCAUCUACUCAUACAGCCGCCCGUCACACACUCAGAAACGCCAAGACCUGGGUUUCUUCACGACUCAAAAGAAAGCACCUGCCUACUUACUGGAUUGUGUUUCAGUUCUGUAAAAGAUUUGUCCCAUCUGCACAGAUCAAUGAACCUCUCGGCUCAUGGACGAGAAAGCACAGAACAAGUCCACGCUAAUCUCCAGGCUGCCCAAGUUUGGAGUUAAAUCUCUGGGAACCAGCAGCCUAGCCAAUGGAGCCUGCAUCAGCCUGCCCGGCCAGCCCCAGGGAGGCAAAAUGGGGGGCAGCGGGAAGCAGUACAGGGUUGUCGGCACACCCGCCUCCUCCCUCAACUGGAGGAAGGCCAAUUUGGUCCUCAACGGCGUACAGACCCCCGAAGAGGGGGGGCAAAUGCUAGACAACGUGAAAGGGGGGGAUGGCGGGAGGUUACAGCAGCCUGUCGCUAGACUCGGGCAGCCAGAGACAAAAAAGGCUGCUUCUUUUUCCCCAAACAAGGGAAAGAGGACCCCGGUUUCUGCCGCUAGGACAGAUGUAGCCCCGCAGACUUUGCCUCAGACGGCGAAAACUACCAAAAGAAAUGCCUUUCCGAAUCGACCACUGUCGGGCCAGAACUUUUACAGCAAGUCCAAUCUGAACGGCUUCAGUGGACCCAAGUUCAGAAUGGGAUUGCAAAGGCCGAGGGCGAAUUCCAGCUCCACAAGGAGCAGCUCCAGGGAGAGUCUGACCCAGUCUAGCGACAGCCUCAAGUCCUUGUCACUGGACAGUAUCGUGCGCUCCCAGAGCUUCUCCCAUUUCAAGCAGAUUCCGUCCCCCACAAGCCUCCCCAUGACCCGUUCGUAUUCCUUCAACAAGGCAGUGGAGCUCUCCAAACCCUCCAGCAACCCCCAGCUGUGCACAAAGGCUCUUCCUGCCAAAAAGACAGCUGACAGCAUCAAGGAGACCAAUGUCAAGGGCUCCUUGGCCAAGUCCGGGUUUGGUUUCAGUUCCUCAGCUCUGUCUGCUCUGAAGAAACCUCUUUUACCAAACUUUCUGCCAGGAAAACCCUCCAUGCUGAGCUACCAGAUGACCAGGCCUUCCCUGGUCAAGCACCCCAGGCCUGUUGUUCUAGGGAAGGUGGUUGGCGGUUGUAUGAAUUCACACAUGGACAGAACCUCAGGGGGAAGCCAAGUGGAGGCCAAUGAGAAAGGAGCAGACCGCAGUUGUGGGCAGGGAGAUCUUGCUGAGCCAGCAACCUGCACUGAAGAGGAGCAGGUACCCUUAAAGGAGCAGGAGUCCAAUCUCCGCUACCUGGGGGAACCCUUGGAUGAAAUGUCCCUCUCGUCCGCCUCUUCCCUGGAGAGGAAUGACAACAGUGAAGAGUACCUCGAUGACUUUGAUAAUCUCGGCGAUGGGGGGGCUGUUACUGUCACAGAAUGCUUGGGCGGUUUCCCACUAUUGCCAACAGAUGAUGUCCCGGACACAGGACAGGCUGACUCGGGGACAGAGGGGGACCUGGGUUUCCUGUCCCAAAGCAUGGAAUGGGUGGACAUAGGACUGCAAGCUGGUCUGGCUGAAGAGAUGGAGAGCUCUCUGACGGCCUCGCAGGCUCCCCUCCCCUUCUCUCCAGAGAGAGACUUCCCCACAGGCUCCUCCCUAGAGCUCUCCCCAUCGGACAGCUCUGACGGGACCUACAUGUGGGACGAGGAGGGGCUGGAGCCUCUGGGGAGUGCGCCCCACCACUGCGGGAGCUACGACGACUCAGUGGAGAUCAACAGCCUGGAUAUUCUGAAUAACCUGGAUAACCUGGAGUCAUGUGACCUGGACGAUGAUGACCUCAUGCUGGACGUGGAUCUCCCAGAAGACGGCUCUCUUAACAAUGUUGAUGCUGAGAACAUGUCACAUUUGGAGCGGGGGCGCUGGCAUGGCCAGGGCUACUGGAGGAAGCGCCCGCAGCAGCGCUGGAGCGGGCAGGAGCACUUCCACCAUGACAACAGGGGACCUGUAUUCCUGGGCUCCCCAGCGCGUCAGUAUGAAGGGUACAGCGGCCCCAGUUUCGGCAGGACCCCUCAGGAGAACAUCGUGGCUCUUGACGAACUGACCCUGCAUCACAUGACCCAGGACUGCACAUCCGUCAAGAACCAGCUGCUCAAACUCCAGCGGCUACUGCAGGCAGGGGACGACAGCGGCGACAGCACAACUCUGCAGGACAUGCUGCUGGCAGGACCUCUGAGCCCUGAGUCCCAGGAGAACUCCAGCACAGCUGUGCAGAUCGAGGAGCUUUUGAAUGAAAUCAGCCAACUGAAAGAGGAGCUGAAGAGCAAGGAUGACACGAUCAAACAACUUCAGCAGCAAAUGAGCACUAGGUGUCACUGUCACAAAAGGACCCCAGAGUCUAAAGAGAUGCGACAAAGACAGAGCGACAAGGCCACCCAAACCACUUGGAGAGGGAAUCCUCCUCAAAUACUACAGCCUUCCAGCCCCAGAUGCACAGACACCCCCAGCAAGGGAAGACUAGCAAGAUCAACCCCCACCGAGGACCCCAGUAGCUGUCCAUGGAGCGCCUUGCACAACGCCAACGACAGCCACCUGCAGCAGCCGCAGCAAACCACUCGCCCCGGCCCAGUCUCGGGUCCUCCCACUGCUGCUCAUUCUACCCCUGCAUUGGGGGACCCUGCUGCUGAGCAGCCCCCAGACCCGGGCAACCUGAGUGCACCUCUCAAAAUCGAUGAGGCUGAUCGCAGACCGGCCGAGCCCCACGCCAGGAGCAACUCUUUUGAGAGGUCUCUCCAGAUCCAGCCCCUCCCCGACGUAUCCCAGCUCGCUUCCAACAGUCAGGUCAAGAUGCCCCAGAGACUUUCUCAGAAGUUGUCUAAGAGGCACCCACCCUGCCUCCUACAGCCACCCAGGUUUCACAACAGGGUCCUCAAAGCCUCUGAGGUAUCGGAGGUCCCUGCGGCAACCAAGGGCAAAUCCCCCGAGUCCAACCUGAACCACAAAAAAACGCCAGAGAGCAGACCGAACUCCAAGCUGCAGCCUCCUAACGCCGCCCUGCUCUUCAAGACUAAGCAGCCGCCCCAGUCGCUGGAGACCCAGCCUGAUGGUUACUCAGAGUCCAAGGAUUCAGUGUCCACGCAGGCCCCUACCUCUCUGGACCUCCCCAGAUCCCUGGUUCAAAGAGAUAGCUCUGCUCAAUUCUCCCGGCUCCCCAAACCAAAGGACCACUGAGCCUGCAGUGGAGUGAAAGAGAAAACAAACAAACCAGGCUUUUUGUUCAAACUCAACUUACUUGCACUCUUGGUGUGAACCUACAGUACAGUUGGCACAUUGUUACCACUUUAAAUGUGGACAACCCCAGUACCUGAUUUAUCAAAACAAUAAUAAACACAGUAAGUAACUAAUUACGUCAGCUGUUUACCUCAGUGGCUACAGUGUCCCAGCCGACAGAGUGCUUUGAAAUGAGAAUGUCAUGUACCCAGUGCCUCCCUGUGCCAGUGUCCAUUUCACCCCAUGCAGUAUGCUUUGUACCCAUUAACGAGAUUUCUAAAAGCCCUAGCACUAAAUUCAUGUUUCUAUUGUAUGUGCAAAUUCAACUCGUCUGCUGUCCCCUGCUAUGUAGACAUUAAGUUUGUGAUAGUGGGGGAUCUGCUUAUGCAUUCCGGACUGUAUGAAUAUUUGUUUGUUGGUUUUCCUGCAGAAUGUACCGCUCAUACUGGUCCUUGGUGCAUUAUGAAUUCUCUAAAUUGACAUGUUGUUUCUUAGCCCUUAAUCGUCCUAAUCUGGUUUGUUUAACACAGAUAAAAAAAAUAAAUAAAUCGUCUUCCCUGAUACUUGCACUGUCUGAUACUGCAGGGUGAUCACAAAGUAGGUUUAUAUAUAAACAUGUAUUUAAUAAACCUGUUUACCAGGAGAAACACAUUUUAUCAAUCAUACAGUACAUCAUAAAUGUAGGCACCUAAUAUUGUGCACAGGAAUCUAAAUGUACAUAUACACACAGUGCAGCGAUUCUCAGGGGGUUUAUUCCACAUAGUUUUCUGGAAUUAAUUAGAAAAAAUAAAAAACCUGAAUCACAUUUAAAAAACAAAAAAAUUAAAAAUAGAAUCAACGUAAGACUUGCAAGCUGCAAAUUCAAAUAUUAAAUAUAGCUGUUUGUAUUUAUUGUAGGUGUGUGCUAAUACAGACAAUACAUGAGAACAAAUACAGUGGUUGAGUGAGAGAAACAUGCCGAAUGAAGAGAUAUUACCCUGUUCAGUGUUUAAAGGUAUGAAUUAAUGAAGAACAGUGUCAGGGUAAUACAUACUCUGCAGCCUACUUCAUUGCUCACUGUUAAACAUAGUAUAUUAUUAGGGGCAGGGGUACCAAUAUAUUGUGAACUCGAGUAAGAUUAAGAGUUUUGAGCUGUGUGUAGAAUUGGAAGGGUUGGGUGUACUGUUAUUGAUCCACUUUCCUGCUUAUUUAUUUAUUUAUUGAUUGAGUGAUGGAUCGAUUUAUUUUUUAAAACACUGCACUGGGUUUCUUGAAAGGUCGAGACACUUCAGUGCUUCCUCUGCUUUCUAAUUUCUAUCACUGGGCUCAGUGGGGUUCUUUCUUAAAGGGGGAUUAAAUAAAAAAUAAAAAAAAAACAAGUGCUAUGGCUUUAGUAGCCCAGUAUGGUCCCUUUCCUGUGGUGCUGUGCCGUCAAACAGCCAGGAGGACUGCCUCGGAAAACACAGCUGUAUUUGCAAAAGAUGCAAUGUGGCGUUUCAUGUAAUAAACACAUCUCGCCCAAUUUGAAGGCUUGAUUGAAUGGUGCCAUAAAACAGGAACAGGAAUGUAGUGCCGGCUGGUGUGUUUUUGAUUGAAUCCCUCAGGACAGGGGUAAGGGUUUUUCUAUAUGCUCGACAACAACAGUCACAUGGGAGCAAAUUGUCCUGCAGAUGUAAACGAUGCAAUCCCAAAUUCAGGUUGUGAAAACUGGCAGUUAGGAUACCUAGUGAAAACAAAACAGCAAUGGACCACUAGCCUUUGUCAAAGCUUGGUCUUUAAGUUAACAAACCCCAGCUAAAAUAAUCAGAUCAUGUUUUUGUGUGUGCGCAAAACUGUAUAGGUAUGUGUCUGUACAUUUAAGAAAACCUGUUUGUAUAAUUAAUUACACUAGCAUCAAUAGCCAAGUUCAAAUAUUUCACAAAGAACUGACCAACCACUGCACUGUACCUGGUGUCUAGCUACUGUACUUUUGUUUUUGCCUGACAUCCUUCAGCUUGUAUUUCCAGCACAAUCCUUUCCGGAAGAAUCGGAUUUCUAUGCUGCCGUCACGUUUUUUUUUUCGGCAGGUUUGCCAAACAGUUAUGGGGUUCUAAUUGCCACUAAGUCAUGCAUCCCAAUGGGGUCCUACCCGAUCUUGAUCAUAAUCUGGCUUUUCCCCAGUCUAAUCCUUUGAGUGCAGUUAGGUAGUAUUUAUUAUAUCAAAUCUCUGGCUACACUGUGAGAACAUCAUCACGUCAGAACCAGCUAGCCAGCAGAGCAGUUUCACCUGUUUUUAGUGAGUAAAUUGAGAGCCACUUUUCUGUGCUUUCCGCCCCUCUGUGUACACAGCAUACAGGUUCGCUGGGGAAGUAAAUAAAGUGUCAAGACAUUAUUUUACUUUGUCCCUUUAAAAUGAAUCAAAAGUCCACUUCCGAGUGUUGUUAUCUGCUUGAUUAACCAGACCCCACGUAACAUGUGUCAAACCUCUUUAAAGUCUGCUAAAUGGAAUCAAACACAUUGUAGCGACUCGUAUAGCCUUCAUAAAUUCCUUCUGCUUUGCAGUGCCCAAACUGAUAGACGUAUACUUUAUUUAAAAGCCUUCUUUGACUGUUUGACAACCUAAUUUAUACUGGAACUCGUAAAGUUGUCCGCUGUUAAUAUCCUUUGCCUAUAAUUUAUUUAAAAAAAUCCAUAAAAUAGUGGCUGCUUGACAUCUAGCUCACACAUAUUGAAUUGGAUUCAAAUGCUGGCCAUUGCUAAUCUCUGUUUAGAAAAGCAUUGGAUGAGGUGUCUCCGUUCUCGCCAACUGCUUACAUAUGUAUAACUGCUGUGAACUCGUAAAAAAGAUUCAGGUCCAAUCCAUGAACAAGACCUUGUUGACAUUUGCUACAAAAAUGAUCUUUUGGCAGCAGUCUAAGCAAUCAGACCCAUGCUAAAUGCUCCUUGAACUGGUCAGACUUCAUACAGGAGCUGUUGAAGCUGUGAUAUGUCUCAAAGCUGAGUUUAACCAUGAAGGGUUAACAGUUUACCUGUUAGUUUACCACUGAUUCCACUCUGGACUAUAUUUUCCACUGUAGUCAACAUGUACUGUAUGACAUAGAAGUGCCACUGUGGAAAAUGAGUGCAUUUUGGGGAGAAGAAUCACACAACUAGAAGUUCAGAAGAUGACAUCAUAGAAAUGUUUAAAGAGCAAAUUUCGCGUGAGCCUGCUUGUUCUGUUUCUCUCCACCAGGUGACACUAUAUGUUAAAAUACAAUGAAUAAUUAAAGAGUUGAGUAGCUAAAUGAAUAUUUAUUCAGCCAGUGACGGCACAUUCAUUAAGCAUGUUAAUAUACUUGACGGUACUGGUAAACAACACGCUGUACUGUAAUCCACAGCCCAGAUGCUCGUCUGUUUCCUCCUUGUUACAAGCAGUGUUGCUUUUAUUAAAGCACACUUGUUGAGAGAAUUGGCUGUGUGUUAUUUCAAGAGGGCUUUGCUAUGCUAAGUUAUUUAAAAAAUAUUAUUAUCACAGUUAACAUUUGUAUUGAAAUUUAAGUUAGCUAAAGGUUUUGUAGCCUACAUUAGGCCUCAGAAAGAGGAUUUUUCUAUUCUUAUUAUUUGUAAAAUUGCCUUUAUUAUUAUUAAAAAAUUAUACAAAAUGUCAACCUUAAAAAAAAUAAAAUUCCUCCCUUUAUACAUAAGAUUUAAAAAACAAUAAACUGAGGCCUGGAGUGCUACUGAUGCAAAGCUAACUGACUUGUUUAUUAUUUGUAGACGGGAUGGGGAGUGAGAGAGAAUGACCAGUUGAAUUCUUUACUACACUCACCCACCUUGCACAAGCAGACUAACCUCUGAUGAAAUGCAAGAGUGUGGAAAGUAAAAUCCUGUAUUUUUGCUUGACUGUUACUCACGGAUUCUAACAGAAGUGCUGCUGUUUCUCGUGCAGGUGAUGGUAAUUUUAUGCAAACAAAUCUUUUUGUCGCUUAUAACUUUGCUGGUUUGCCGUAAUAGUACAAGGUGUACUCCAUGGAUCCAGUUUUACACGAUUUACACACGUUUCUUAUGGAGGCUUGUGUAUGUGCAGGCUGAGCUAGGACGAUAGUUUGAAAGUGGAACCACGGUACAUUUCACAAUGGUUUUUUGCAUCAGACUUUUUGUGAUUUGAGUGGUUUUGGAUAAAUGCAUGCAGGAAGGUGAUGAUAAAGUUAGAAUGACACCAUCUGCCUUGUUUGUAAAGGUGUAUUAUGUGCAUGUGAAAAGACUGCAAUUUUGAGACCAAUGGUGCCCAUAUCAAGAGCACUUCAUGGCCUGUAUUAUUUUUAUGGGGUCUGUACUUACCUACACAUGGCUAUUUUGCACAAGGUAUGCUCCCUUACUUGCAUUGAAGCCAUAUGAUGAACAAUGCUUGAUUUCUCUCUUCUUGGCUUACUAAUUCAUUCAUGACUAGUUUUAAUGGUCUAUCGCAGUGAAGCUGCAGGCAGUGACCUCGUCAGGUUUAUUUCUUUAGGAAUUUGCUACAGGAGCUUACAUAGGGCCAUGGGGAGCAGAGAGGCAUGCGUUUUGAUGGAAGACAUGUACGCUAAUGGGCAAAGUGUUUGUCAGACUUGUCUGUCUGUAGCUUCCCACUAGACUAUUAAAUGCAAAGCUGUGCAAUCCGUUGUCUAUAGUGAGUAUCUCUAGGCAAAUAAGUAGUGAUGUGGACUGUGUUUGUUAGUGAUGGGGCUCAGCAACACAGCCUUCAAGGCUUAAAAACCGACCCGGAAUACUGCUUUGUUUCUGCAGUAAUCUCAUUGUUUACCCCUUACUGCCUUGAGCAUUGUUGUUAUUGCUCUAGUUGUGUUUUGAUAUAAAACAGCUGCUGUUUGUAAUAUAUCUAUGACAGUGUUACGCACCUUUAUACAACCCUGGCCCUAACAAAAAAAAUAAAAAAUUCUGCUGCAGAGCAUCCACUUCUGUAGAUCAGCUGUGUAGGGAGGUUUCAGAUCAAUCUCAAAACUGUGUACAACACUAUAUUGCCUGUGCAGAUUACCUUUGGGGCGGAAGAAGAACGGUGCGCCAGGGAGCUGAUUACACAACACCAGAGCAGCUUUUAGCAUGUCUCCAGGUGGUAACACUUUCGUUUAGGUGUCCGUUUCUAAGAGGUUAAACAUUAUAAACAUAUAAACAUUUUGAUCGUUUUUAUUAACGGUCUGUGAUAAGAGAUAGUAACACUCUACCACAGUGCACUGUAGCUGUCAUUGUUGCUAUAACGUCUUUAUAAGAAUGUUAUCAUAUACAUGAUAACAUUCAUGCAUGAAACCACUUCUAACAGAAACCUAAAACUGAGCGUUAUCCUCUAGUCUAGAGUUUGUUCUUAUCCAGGUUUACUGCGUGGCAUGAUGGAAUGUGGAGGUUAUAGGUCACCAUGCACACACCCAGGCUGCUGAUUUCCUUUGACGUCCUAUCAGCUACAUACAAGCUGAAUUAACCCACCACAAAGUAGAUGUAUGCAACAGAAAGAAGUAGCCCAUAAUAUCGAAGUGUGUAAUAGUUUAACUUCUGUCUCGCCAUAGACUGCUUUAUAGCUUGUUUGUUUCUGAAUGUUUGGUAGCUACUCCUAAUCAAAUUGAGAGUGUAUUCCUCACAUACUCUUUGAAAAAAACACUCAACUUGAUUAGAGGUAAGCCCCUGAACACGAACAGACACAUUACAAUAUUUAAAUGUAAAUUAAACAAUAGACAACAAGCUGAUAUUAGCAUAGUUAAUCUACACUUUAGUUCAUAUUGACAUGUUCCAAUUAGGAUGUAAAUUACAAUAUUAAAUAUACACCACUUCAUGGAUUGAUCUGGAAAUAUAAACUGACUUAUUUCUUCAACUGGUUAUUUGAGCCACCACUCUCCAGGCCUGAUACUGUACAAAAAAUGUAUAAAAUGUUUUUGUAAAAAAAAAUAUAUAAUGCAUUGUUUUUUUUGUUUGUUUGUUUUAUUGUUUUCAUUGAAAACAUUCUUGUGUAUCUUCCUAUUGUAUAAUCAAUUCUGUAAGAAAAAAGGAGAAUAUACUGUUAUAUAUAAAUAUAUAAUGGAUUUUCUUAAAUUGUAAAAUGUAUGCGAGAGAUGUGGUAAGAGGUUAAGAAGAGCGCAUGUAAUGAAAGUCAAUCAGAAAUGCACUUUAAAUGAUGUUGAAUUAUCGGGGCUGGGGACCAGAUCCCAGUUCUGUCUGUUGUGCUGUUUGUAAUAAUCUUUUCUUCCCCUGUUUCCCAUACUCUUUCACAAGGGUGUGAUUCCAAAUGUAAUAAAGACUGCACAGAAUCUAUCCUGUUUGGUUGUUGCUGUUUUGUAUUAUUAAACUUGCUAAGA